GCGGGCGCCGGACCCCCAGGUGGAGCGACAGGUCUCGGGCCCUCAGGCGGAGCGGCGGGCGCCGGACCCCCAGGAGGAGCGACAGGUCUCGGGCCCUCAGGCGGAGCGGCGGGCGCCGGACCCCCAGGUGGAGCGACAGGUCUCGGGCCCUCAGGCGGAGCGGCGGGCGCCGGACCCCCAGGCGGAGCGGCGGGCACCGAGUCACCAGGCACGACAGUGGGCUCCGAGUCAACUGGUAUGACCGCAGGCACUGGGUCAGACAUUGUAUGGUCUGGCUGGACAGCGGGCAUCGGGUCACCAGGCAUCAGGUCAUUUGGCUCGACAGCGGGCACCGCGUCAUCUGGCAAGGCAGUGGGCUCCGAGUCAACUGGUAUGACCGCGGGCACUGGGUCAGACAUUGGAUCGUCUGACCGGACAGCGGGCAUCGGGUCACCAGGCAUCAGGUCAUUUGGCUCGACCGCGGGCACCGCGUCAUCUGGCAAGGCAGUGGGCUCCGAGUCA